AUGGCGGGCUGGUGGCGGGCACUCCCGCGCGCCGCCGGGCGCUACCCCUGGCCCACGAACGUGCUGGUCUAUACCGCGCUCUUCUCGGCUGGCGACGCGCUGCAGCAGCGGCUGCGGGGCUGCCGGGCGGACUGGCGGCAGACGCGGCACGUAGCCACGGUGGCCGUGGUUUUCCACGGAAACUUCAACUACGUGUGGCUGCGCCUGCUGGAGCGCGCGCUGCCGGGCAGCGCGCCGCGCGUCAUCCUGGCCAAGGUGCUGUGCGACCAGGCGCUUGGCGGGCCGGUGGCCGUCUCUGCCUUUUACCUGGGUAUGAGUAUUCUCCAGGGGAAGGAUGACAUAUUUUUGGACUUGAGACAGAAAUUCUGGAAUACAUAUAAGAGUGGUCUGAUGUACUGGCCUUUUGUACAGCUCACCAACUUCAGCCUCGUUCCUGUUCCCUGGAGAACAGCUUACACCGGACUCUGCGGCUUUCUGUGGGCCAUCUUCCUCUGCUUUUCACAACAGGGUGGUGAUGGCACACUGAAGUCAGCUUUCGCUUCCCUUCGCACAAAGGGGACAAAUGAAGUUGAAAGCCCCCCAGAGAAAUGACAAGUCAAGAACUCCCUGAAAGGGACUAAUUUUUUCCCCUUAAAUGCAGUGGACCUGCUUGCAGAAGAAACACUCUCCUUACCAGUUAUGUGCUCCCUUUUGAAGAACUACUAUUCUGUAGACCCACCUGGGUCCCCCCGCCCCCCAAGUUUGAGACCCAGUUGUUUUUAAUUAGCAGUAAUAAUUUUCAGUUUUAUUCAAAUCUUUUUUUUUUUUUUCAUUCUAAUCUGAAAGUAUUACUUCUCUAAUGUUUUCCCUUCUCUAAUACUUUGGUUAGUAUUAGGAACAGUGGCAAAGUGGCAUUUUAUAAUCAUUACUAUUUCUAGUCCACUAUUUCAUUGCCAGUUGAUUUAAGGCAUUUCGAUUGUAUACAUCGCUUCUAAAAA